CGUCAGUCGUCGUCGUCGUCGUCACAUCAACAUCACCGUCCAACGUUGUUCGGUUCAGUGUUUUGAGCGCGUUCUUCGAUAACGGUCACAUUCGAAUCGAGUUGCCGCCGCGUGCCUAGUCCGGACAUUUGGUAUUGUUCCCGUGCCGUAACAUUACCCACCGCAACAUAUCGCGUGCAGCAAUCCAAUCACGUUAGGUUCCUUUCCGACAUCAACCUUCUGUGAUUUAAACAUGAACAUAGAAAUUUCCCGCCUUACCAUGGCCAGCAACGAUCAGGGUGGAACCGAUCAAACCGAUCGAGGUCUCCGGAAGGAAUACUUUGGCAAUGGCGGAGGAUUCGGACGGUUUCUACCUCCAGUAUUCAAACUGCUUGAGUUGGCAGUCGCCAUUAUCUGCAUCGGGCUCAUCGACGACCCAGCCAAUAAUUCCCGACUUCGACCGUUCGCCACGACACGCACCAUCGCACUUGCUUACUCGACCUUCGUGCCGUUCUUGAUGUUUUCGGUGAUUUACCUGUUCGGCAAAGUCAUCAGAGAGAACAUUCCGUGGAAGCUCCAGUCGCUGCUGAAUCUGACGGCAUUCAUUCUGUACCUGGCGACCGCUAUUUGCAUCCUGCAUGACUGGUCGGAAACGAAAAACCGAAACUACUGGCCACCCAACACACAACGAAUGGAUUUCCUUUGCGGUGCCGGAUCAGUCGCCGUCGUUGGAGCUGUGCUGUACCUGCUGGAUCUGAUUGUUACGACGAGGUUGGGCGCCAAGGGCGAAAUCGAAUAAUCAAGGCGAAGAUGCGUAAUUUUUCUUAGCUGUAAAUAACAAACUUCUGUCAGUGGUUGAGCUUGUCUAGCCUCAACGAUUAGUUUACACAAAACACGGUAUUCCCUCCAAUCGCAGCAGAGCCUACCACAGCAUCUCGUAUACCGGGGACAUGUAAAUUUACGGACCAAAAACUAGAUCAUAAGGUUACACAGAUCAUACUUUAAUGUUUAAAGAUUUAUUUUUAAAUUAUUUUUACGACUACCUACCUACGUUCAUAUUUUACUAAUGCAUCUGUCCGAAGUGUUUUACAUCGAAUGAACCACGAUCGAAAAAUAAAAGAAACAAACAUUACAUUCCAAUCUCAACAGAUCGUGGAGCUGACUAUGUUUUCAAGGAACGGAAGCCAUACAUUUUAUUUAGCUUUAGAAUGAAUGUACAAAUUACGCUCUUCGUGUAUGGAAUCUUUGUCAUUUGCCAGCCAUUUUAACAAAUACACAUUUUAAUAAAGCGAUA